GUAAGGCUACCAAAACUCUGAUCAUUUUCAGCCAUAGCAUUGUUACUCAUGACUGAAGAGUUCUGAAGAAAAAAAAUCAAGUUUUUCAUAAUGGAAAAACAUAUGGUUGUUUUAUUCCUCGUGUCUUCUUUGGUUGCAAAGAACCUCUCUUCACCACCAAAGCCCACAGAUCAGGUGAAGAAUAAGUGUGAUCAGAAGAUGCUCAUUACAACCAAAACCGAAUGCCGAUCUUGCUCUCUAAACCUUGAAAUCCGGUGCCCUGAUGGUUAUAGUAAAAUGACCAAUGGAUCUGGAAUACGAGGCUGCAGGUAUUACCUUGAAAUCAGGACUUACACUUUGUCUCUUCCUGGAUGUCGGCAUAUAUGUAUGAAGGAAUUUCAACAACCUGAGUGCUGCCAGGGAUAUUGGGGCCCAGAUUGUAUGGCGUGUCCAGGAGGAGCUGCAUCACCAUGCAAUAACAGAGGCCGCUGUUCUCAGGGUAUAAACGGAGAUGGAAAAUGCACUUGCCAACAAGGAUUUGGUGGGACAGCCUGUGAAACUUGUGCUGAAGAUAAUUUAUUUGGACCCAACUGCACUUCAGUUUGCAACUGUGCUCAUGGAGUAUGCAACAGUGGAAUUACAGGGGAUGGAGGAUGUACCUGUUUGUCUGGAUACGAAGGGCUUAACUGUGAUCAAGCAAUACCUGAGUGUGAGGCCUUACAGUGCCCUGAAAACUCCAGAUGCUCUAUUUCUAGUGAAGAUGAAACCAAACUGGAGUGUACAUGUCUUCCCAAUUACCAUGGAGAUGGUAAACAAUGCGAACCUAUCAACCCGUGCUUAAAAAAGGUCUGUGCUCCGAAUGCUUAUUGCACCUAUCUUGGACCUAAUCGUCAUAAAUGUGUUUGCCAAGAAGGUUACAGAGGGGAUGGCCAAGUCUGCUUACCAAUAGACCCUUGCCAAGGGAUGUUUGGAAAUUGCCCUACAGAGUCUACCAUUUGCAGAUAUGAUGGUCCAGGAAAGUCCCACUGCGAAUGCAAAGAACAUUACAGAAAUUUAGUCCCUGGAAAAGGAUGCAGUAUGACAGAUAUCUGUAAGACCAACAACACCUGCCAUAAAAAUGCAAAAUGCACUAUGGUUGCACCGGGACAAAUUUUGUGUACUUGCCAGAAGGGUUAUGUAGGUGAUGGGUUUGUAUGCUAUGGAAAUAUAAUGGAACGCAUCAGAGACCUGAACACUGAACCGGGAGGACAGUGGCAAGGAAAACUGACAUCUGCCAUAGCACUCAUUGAAAAUGUCUACGAAUGGCCUCUAAGUAGUCUGGGACCUUUUACUGUUUUACUGCCAACAAACAAGGGAUUCAAAGGAAUUAAUGUAAAGGACCUCCUGAGCAAUAAGGAGAAUGCCCAGUACUUUGUAAAACUCCAUAUAAUUGCCGGUCAGCUGACCACCAAUGGCUUGAAUAAUACAGAUACAAUUUACACCUUGACUGGAAAGCCAGGGGAGAUAUUAAAAGGUGAUAAGGACAACCAAUUAAAAAUUAGGAUUCAGGGAAGUAAGAAGAAAGGAAAACUCUUACAGGGGGAUAUAAUUGCUUCCAAUGGAAUUUUGCACAUUAUUGACAAAGCCAUGGACAACGUGGAGCCAACGUUUGGGAGCAAUAAAGAGGAGACCAUAAUGACAGUGAUUCAAGACAAUAGACGAUACAGCCGAUUUAGAUCCAUGUUAGAGAAAACUAUUCUGGGACUGGUCUUGGAGCAGGAAGGUGGACCUUACACAAUCUUUGUUCCAAACAACAAUGCUUUGGAUAACAUGAAAGAUGGAGCACUGGACUACCUGCUUUCUACAGAGGGUGCAUGGAAACGUCUGGAGCUCGUUCGAUACCACAUUGUUUCUUAUGCUCAGUUGGAGGUUGCCAGCCUCAUCUCCAUAGAGCACGUCAAGACCAUGGCUAGACAGUUCAUCUAUUUUAACGCGACCAGCAAUGGACAAAUCUUGGUGAAUGGUGAAGAAACAGAAGAAACAGAUAUUGUUGCCAAAAAUGGUCGAAUAUACACUCUUGCAGGUGUUCUUAUUCCUCCCUCAAUUGUUCCUAUUCUACCACACAGAUGUGAUGGGGGAAGGAGUGAAAUUAAAAUGGGUACCUGUGUAAAAUGUUCAGUAUUCUACAGGAGCACUUGUCCAGGGGACUCAAAGCCCAUAGCUUUUUCAAGACGUAGAUGUGUUUAUGAAGCCCUGUCCUAUCCAACAACUGGCUGUGCUAGGUACUGCAAUGUAACAAUAAAGGAACCUAAGUGUUGCAAAGGCUUCUAUGGGCCAGAGUGCAAUCAGUGUCCAGGAGGAUUUUCCAAACCCUGCUCAGGAAAUGGACAGUGUGUGGAUGGAAUGAAAGGAAAUGGAACUUGUAUUUGUACUGAUGGAUUUCAAGGAUCCCAUUGUCAGUUCUGUUCAGACCCUGAUAAAUAUGGUCCUCAGUGUGACAAAAAAUGUCUGUGUGUUUAUGGGAAGUGUGAUAACAGGAUAGAUAGUGAUGGAAUCUGCCUUGCCGGAUCAUGCAAAAGUGGAUAUGCUGGGAAACUCUGUGAUAAGCAGAUAGUUCCGUGUGGGCCUUUUGUGCAAUUCUGUCAUGCACAUGCAAAUUGUCAGCUUAGUAAUGGUGCCAUGAGCUGCGUCUGCAAACCUGGAUAUGAGGGAGAUGGGACAACCUGCAGUGAAGUAAAUCCUUGUGCUAGCUUAGCUCCAGGUGGUUGCGAUAGCAAUGCAGAAUGUAUUAAAACAGGCCUCGGAACUCACACAUGUGUGUGCCAGCCAGGAUGGAGUGGGAAUGGAAGAGAUUGUUCAGAGAUCAACAAUUGUCUGCUACCAAAUUUCAGAGGGUGCCAUAACAAUGCUACCUGCAUAUAUGUAGGGCCAGGUCAGAAUGACUGUGAAUGUAAGGAAGGAUUUCGGGGGAAUGGAAUUGAAUGUGAACCAAUAAACUCUUGUCUGGAACAAAAUGGAAAGUGCCAUCAUCUGGCAACUUGUCAAUUUGUGUCAUCUGGUGUCUGGGACUGUGUGUGCGCAAAGGGCUACGAAGGAGAUGGCAUCAUAUGCUAUGGAAGUGCAGCAGACGAGUUGUCUGCUCUGUCAGAGGCAGCUGGAUUUAACCAAUGGGUUAACGAGGCUUCAAUAAACACAAUGCUGUCGGUGACUUCAAAUCUGACCAUCCUUGUGCCUUCCCUUCGAGCAAUUGAAAACAUGGAUCAAGAUGAGAAAGCCUUUUGGAUGUCAAAGAAUAACAUUGCAACCCUACUAAAGUAUCAUAUAUUAGUGGGAGCUUAUAGACUUGCUGACCUCCAGAAUUUAUCAUCAUCUGACAUGCUGGCAACAUCUCUGCAUAACAAUUUCCUGCAUCUGUCUAAUGAAAAUGAGAACAUCACUAUUGAAGGAGCUAACAUUGUAGUUGGUGAUAUUGCAGCCACGAAUGGAAUCAUCCAUGUUAUUGAUAAGGUUCUAACACCACUCAGAGGUCUGAGUGGCACAUUGCCAAAACUGCUGGCCCGCUUAGAACAGAUGCCCGAUUACUCCAUUUUCAGGGGUUAUGUUAUUCAAUAUAGUCUGGCAAAUGAAAUUGAAGCAGCUAACACUUACACAGUUUUUGCCCCAAAUAAUGAUGCAAUUGAAAGUUACCUCAGGAAUAAAAAGUCUGCCACUCUGGACGAAGACCAAAUCCGAUACCAUGUUGUGUUGGAGGAAAAGCUCUUGAAGAACGACAUGCACAAUGGCAUGCACAGGGAGACCAUGCUCGGAUUUUCUUAUCAAGUGGGAUUCUUCCUGCACAACGGCCAGCUGUACAUCAAUGAGGCACCUAUAAAUUACACAAAUAUUGCAACUGACAAAGGCGUUAUCCAUGGAUUGGGAAAAAUUCUGGAAAUACAGAAGAACAGAUGUGAUAUCAAUGAUACUGUGAUGACAACCGAAAAGUGCAACCUGUGUUCGUAUCGAUCACGCUGCCCUCCUGGAACUAAAGAAUUUCUAGGAGAGAAGAAAUAUUGCAUCUACACUGAAAACUUUAUGGGAAGGACAUCCAUUCAUAUUGGAUGCCAGCCAAAGUGUAUUAAAACGAUCAUUACCAGAGAAUGCUGUGCAGGUUUCUUUGGUCAACAGUGCCAGCCCUGUCCAGGGAAAAGUGGAAAUGCCUGCUUUGGAAAUGGCAUCUGCUUGGAUGGUGUUAAUGGUACAGGCGUGUGUGAAUGUGAAGAGGGGUUUAAUGGAACAGCCUGUGAGAAAUGUAUUGAAGGCAAAUAUAGUCGCAACUGCAAUCAAGAAUGCGCUUGUGUCCAUGGGAAAUGCAGCAGUGGGAUUGAGGGCGAUGGCUCCUGUGAGUGUGACGUUGGCUGGAGAGGUGUGAAAUGUGAGAGCGAAAUCAAAGAUGAUGCCUGUAACAGUACGUGCCACACCAGCGCUAACUGCCUCCUCAAGCCUGGUGGCACUGCAUAUUGCAAGUGUGCAGCUGGCUUUACAGGGAAUGGAACACACUGUACAGUUAUUGACGCAUGUGAGACCAGCAAUGGUGGCUGUUCUGUCAAAGCAGAGUGUAGGAAAACUACUCCAGGAAACAGAGUAUGUGUUUGUACAACUGGAUACACUGGAGAUGGAAUAGUCUGCCUUGAAAUCAACCCUUGCUUAGAGAACAACGGUGGAUGUGAUAGAAAUGCGGAAUGCACUCAGACUGGACCCAACCAGGCCGUGUGUAAUUGCUUGAAAGGAUAUUCAGGAGAUGGUAAAACAUGCACAUAUAUCAAUCUGUGUUUAUCGAAUAACGGUGGCUGCAGUGAAUCUGCAAUCUGUAAUGACACCGAGCUGACAGAGAGGACCUGCACCUGCAAACCUGAUUACAUUGGGGAUGGAUUUAAAUGCCGAGGCAACAUCUACCAGGAGCUUCUUAAGGAUUCCAAUACUACUGAUUUUUAUUUCCAUCUCAAGGCCCUUGCUCUCAAAGAUAUUGCAGGUUCUGGUCCUUUCACUGUGUUUGCACCCAAUAAAGAAGCAUUUAAUAGUGAACCAAAAAUUAAAGACUGGAUUGUCAACGGAGUGAUGCCCCAGAUCCUUAGGUACCAUAUGGUGGGCUGUGCCGGACUUCUCUAUAAUGACCUGACAACAAUUACAAAUGUCACCUCACUCCAGGGGGACCCCAUCCUGGUCACUUUCUCACAGAAUUCAGUGUAUCUGAAUACCAAGGCUAAGAUUAUAUUCAGCGAUACCGUCAGCACAAAUGGUGUGAUACACAUCAUAGAUAAAAUCCUACUUCCACAACACAUGCAGGAUUUCCCUAAGAAGGAAUCGGGCAUUGAGUGGGAAAGCCUUAAAAUGGUUGCAGCCAAACAAGGAUACAUCAUGUUCAGCAACUUGCUAGAGAAUGCUGGUUUGAUGAACGUAAUCAACGAUCCUCUUCAUAAACCAGUCACCUUGUUCUGGCCGACCGAUGAAGCUCUCAGAGCUCUGCCUAAGGAACAGCAGGAUUUCCUGUUUAAAAAAUCUAACAAGGACAAACUGGUGCAAUAUCUGAGAUUCCAUGUCGUCAGAGAUGCUAAGAUUUUAGCCUGUGAGCUCCCCAGCUCCAAUUCUCUGAAGACCCUUCAAGGUUCUGAUCUCAGUGUAAAAUGUGGGGAUAACAACAACUCUAUUGGUGACCUCUUUCUGAAUGACAGGAGGUGCAGGAUAGUGCAGCGGCACCUGGAGUUUGAUGGUGGCAUCGCUUACGGGAUUGACUGCAUGUUAAUGGACCCCACCCUUGGCGGGCGAUGUGACAAUUUUAUCACUGCAGAUUUCACGGGGGAUUGUGUUGGCUGUUACAAUAAUCCUAAAUGCCCUACAGCGACUAAACCGAAGGGAGGGAUACAGAAGUGUAAAUACCAAUUCUAUGGGAGGAGCUUAGAGGGCUGUCGUCAGGAUUGUACGAUGGUCGUCUGGAUUGCAAAGUGCUGUCAAGGCUACUAUGGGCGAGACUGCCAAGCCUGCCCAGGAGGGCCAGAGACCCCAUGUAAUAAUCAUGGUUCGUGUAACGACGGAUACUCAGGAACCGGAGAGUGUAAAUGCAACAGUGGCUUCAAUGGGACUUCAUGUGAGCUGUGUUUGCCGGGAAGAUAUGGCUCUGACUGUAAACCAUGUAGAUGCAAGGCCCACGGGCAAUGUGAUGAAGGAAUCUCUGGAUCAGGACAGUGUUUCUGUGAAACUGGAUGGACUGGUCGAUUCUGUGAAACCAAACUAGCUCUACUGCCUGUGUGUUCACCUAAUUGUUCUAGUAACGCCGUCUGCAAAGAAAACAACAUGUGUCAGUGUAAGCCAUUUUAUGAAGGAGAUGGAAUCACAUGUACAGCUGUGAAUCUUUGUAAACAAAACAAUGGUGGGUGUCACCAGAAUUCAAAAUGUACCCAAACGGGUGUGAAAGUCCUUUGUAGCUGUCAGAAAGGAUACACAGGAGAUGGCCGCACCUGCCUUCCUAUAAAUCUUUGCGCUGAUGGGCUCAAUGGUGGUUGCCAUGAACAUGCCAUUUGUACAAUGACAGGACCUGAUAAACGCAAAUGUGAAUGUAAAGAUAACUAUGUUGGUGAUGGGGUUGACUGCACUGUGAUGCAGCUUCCAGUUGACCGUUGUUUGCAAAACAACGGGCAGUGCCAUGCCGAUGCAAACUGUGCCGAUCUUCACUUCCAGGAUGCGACAGUUGGAGUUUUCCAUUUGCGCUCUCCCCAAGGGCAGUACAAACUGACUUAUGAAAAAGCAAAGGCGGCCUGCACUGAUGAAGGGGCAACAAUUGCUACAUAUAAUCAGCUGUCAUAUGCUCAGAAGGCACAAUACCACUUCUGUGCUGCUGGCUGGUUAGAUAGUGAACGAGUUGGUUAUCCAACUGCCUUCUCUUCCCCAAACUGUGGAUCAGGAUUUGUUGGAAUAGUUGACUAUGGGCCUAGAGCCAACCUGAGUGAAACCUGGGAUGUCUUCUGCUACAGAGUCAAAGAUGUGAACUGCACGUGUAAGACUGGCUAUGUGGGUAAUGGCUUCACAUGUAGCGGGAACCUGCUACAGGUCCUGAUGUCUUUCCCCAUGCUUACAAACUUCUUGUCGGAAGUCCUGGUUUACUCUAACAGCUCCACGAAAGGCAGAGAGUUCCUGAAAUACCUCACAAACUUGUCAACCCGGGCCACUCUCUUCGCCCCAAACAAUAAUGGGCUAAGAGAAAAUGAGACACUUUCUGGACGAGACAUUGAGUAUCAUCUGUCCAAUGCCAGCACAGUGUUCUAUGAAGACUUGACCAAUGGGACUACUCUUCAAACAAGGAUAGGGAAAAGACUCUUAAUUACAUACAGCAGAGGCCAGGGUUACCAAAUCCCGACAAUGAAGAAGAAUGAGACCAGAUAUGUGGAUGGAAAAUCUAUUCUUGAAUGGGAUAUCAUUGCUUCCAAUGGAGUAAUCCAUGUCAUUUCAGAGCCCUUAAAAGCUCCUCCUCCACCUGCUUCUCUCCACGCUGGAUAUGGAACAGGAAUAUUCUUCGCCAUCAUCCUGGUUAUUGGAAUCGUGGCUUUUGUCGGGUACUCGUACUUCAGAUUCAAGAGGAGAAAUAUUAGCUUCCGGUAUUUCAAGUCAAAAGAAGACAUAGAUGUAACAGCACUAGACAAGCCACGGCUUUCAAACAUCACAAAUCCCUCCUAUGAAAGUUCUACUCCUCCUCCACCACCUGAGCCUGCCUAUGAUCCUUUCGCUGAUUCUGAUGAACAGCAGCUUGUAAUGAGUGGGCCUCAUGAUCAGUUUUGAAGACUGAAGCUGGAAUUAUCAACAAUGAAAAAACAUUUCUCUACAGUCUAAAAUUAACAUUUACUGUGAAUAAGCCCUGCCUAAGCACUUGAGGGGGAAAAAAUUACCUUUUAUAAUUUUUUUUAAAGUGUUUAAAAUGUAGUCCUAGGUGUUUAAGUCAGGGAAUUUGCUGAAAAGUUGGUUGCAUGUAAGGAAUAUCAAGUUCCAUUUUAAACAAAUACAGAAUUAAUGUAGAAAUGUAUUCCUCUGCCUAGGAGACAUUUAAAGGUUAUUUCUAUUUAAGGACAUAGCAGUUGCUAAACAACAGCCCACAAUGACUUACAGUUUUUCAGAACACCAUGUAGCCACUUUGAUUUACAAUGCCCGUCUUUUUGUAAAAAGAUCAAACUGCCUCCUAAACACAUAGUCCUGAUGGCCUCUGACAACUGUACUUGGAGGAUGUACUCUGUGUUUGCUACCCUUGUGUCUUUAUAUCUCAUUUUGUCUUGGGGUCGAAUCCAGAAGUGGCUGACAAGCAGCAAAACUCGCAAAUAUUGCUUAAUAGCAUUAUGACCUUCAUUUUUAAAACUGUUUGAUUUUAAUGCUCUUCCUUCUAAAAAGUGAACUAAUUGCGAAUGCAAGCACAGUAUGUCUGGUUUGCCCACUCUGAGCCAUUUAUGGAUUCUUUGCAUCAUUGUUAUGAGGAAGAAAUAUUCCUUGUAGAGGAAUUAAUGAGGAAUGCAAGUUAUGUAUGACUUUAACCUUGUUUCAUUCUUCUAUUUCAAGUCAUUUUUGUGCAGAAUAAACAUUCUGCUUGUUUACUGCCUGCUUUGCCUUCCCCAUUCACUUUUCAGUGGUCUGUGUAAAGUAAAGUAAAAAAAAAAAAUCUUCUGCCUUGU